AUGUUUCCACUGCGAGACCUGCAAGAUGACCCUAAACAUGAAAAACUACAAGGGCUACGAGAAGAAGCCGUAUUGCAACGCAUUCGCUACAAGGAGGAGUUUGAGAAGAACAAGGGAAAAGGCUUCAGCGUGGUGGCUGACACCCCGGAGCUGCAGAGAAUCAAAAAGACUCAAGAUCAGAUCAGCAACAUAAAAUACCACGAAGAGUUUGAGAGGAGCAGGAUGGGCCCGAGUCCCAGCGAGGGCGCUGAGCUGGAGCGCAGGAACUCCCAGGAGAGCACUAAUUACCGGAGACCCGCAGAGCAGCAGCAUCAGCCGUCUCAUCACGUCCAACCCAGCAACCCAGUCUACCAGCAGCAGCAGCCGUCGUCUCAGUCCUACGGCUACAAGGAGCCCGCGGCACCAGCCUCUACGCAGCGCAACGCUCCUUCUGGAGGGGGGAAGCGUUUCCGUGCCGUCUACGAUUACAACGCGGCUGAUGAAGAUGAGGUCUCCUUCCAGGAUGGCGACACCAUCAUCAACGUGCAGCAGAUCGACGACGGAUGGAUGUACGGCACGGUGGAGCGCACGGGUGACACGGGCAUGCUCCCCGCCAACUACGUGGAGGCCAUCUGA